AUGAUAUCUGAUACUUAGAAAUCAUUUAAAGAUUUUUUAGAAACAUAUACAAUCAGAAAAAAACAACCUGAAAAAAGAAGACAACCUAAAUUGAAUCCUAUGUUUCUUUUAUCUAAUUUUCAACCUCAAAACAAUUCCAUUUAAAUUGAAUAAAAUUUUAGUUAUGCUAUUACUAACACCAAAGUGAAUAAUAUUGAUCCUCCAUUGAGUUUAAGAUUUAAAACUUUAGAGAGUGAAAAAAGUAAUGCAUCAGGUCUACUUUCAUUUCGUAAAAACAGAUGGAAACAAAAGGAAAAAAAUUAAUGCUUAAUUAGAAAUUCAGAAUUAUUCAAUGAUGUUAUUCAAAAAUCGACCAGGUUUCACAGCUAAUAAUAAUUAGUACCCAUCUAAUCCCAAAAUUAAAUGAUAAAAGGAUAUUUGAUGGAAUUAUCUCGAAAGAGAAAAGUAGCACCAAAACCUUAAGGAAUGGAUGAACUAUUAAAUUAUGAAGCUGAUUAAAUAUAUAUUGAUGUAACAAGAAGAGAUAAUAUGCUAAGUUUAAAGUUUCCAAAUAAGAAUUAACCUGGAGUGAAAUUAGUAUUUAGAAAUCUCUUAGCUACUGCUUAUGAUCAAUAAAUGUUUUUAGACUUACCUAGGUUAAGAGUAGUUCAUUUUGGAAUGCAAUUAACUCAUGCUCAUUUCUUUAAGUUCAAAUAUCAUUUUCUCAAUAAGUACAUGCAUUUAAACAUUACUACAGAAAAAAUGUUUAAUUGCUGUGAAAGGAUUGAAAAUAUGCGUCCCUAUAUACUCAAUGAAAUAUUAGAAUUUGAAAUUUAUGGAGGUGAAGAAGGCAUUAAAGCUAUAACAAAAUUAAUGUACAAAAAGAUUUUGUCAGAUGUCACAUUAGCUCCUUAUUUUGAGAAAAUUGAUGUUGCAACACAGGAAAUGAAAUUCGCUAGAUUGUUUUUUUAAUUAAUUUAUCAUUUGGAUUCUCCAAAUUAUUCAUGUGAAGUACUUAGAGAAAGGCAUGUAAAGUAUGCCUUAACUAAUGUAUAGCUAACAAAUUUCAAAUACUAUUUAUCAUUAACCUUAUAAUAAACUGGCAUUCCUUGGAGAAAUAUCAGAUAAUUAUUAAGAAGAAUGGACAUUUAUAAAUAUGCAAUCAUAAAUAAAAACGAUCUCUAACAUUAUGUUAAUUAAUUAGGGUUUAAUUAAUUUAUUGAAAACUUUGUGAAUAGUUGUGCAUAAGAUGCAAUGUUAUCUGAACUUAUUUAAAGAAGAGGAAGAUAACGUUUUGUAUCUCAUUGCUGUAAUAUUUUUCACUAUUUUUUUCGAUAUAAUAUAAAAGCAAUUACAAGAGAAGAUUUACAUUUAAUUCAUUAGAAAAAAGCAAUUAUAAAUGAGAAGAUAUUUGAAAAAUUUAAAUAAAAGGCAGUUGAGUCAGUAAAAUAAUUGACUGAUGAUAGUAUAGUGAUUUAAGAUUUUAUUGAAGAUUGGGAUGAGAUAAAGCCAAUAAUUUUAGGUGAAACAAGAGAAUAAUAAAUUUUAAGUUUAGGUUAAGAGUAUGUGAUACCGAAAUUAAUUUCAAUAUUGGAAUAUGAAUUUUUUUAAAGACAUUUAAAUAAAAUAUAUGAAACAGAAGAAGCAGAAAUGAGUUAAAGUAUACUUUGUAAAUUGAAUCUACUUUUAUAUGGAGUAAGGUUCUUUAAGAAGUAAGACUUGCAAAUAAUUCAUAAAAGAUUUAAAAUAACUUCUUCAUAAUAUUAUGACUUUUAAUAAUGUUUUAAGAUAGCUUUAGAAGAAUACAAAGUUUUGAAUUAUGUACAUUAGUUGAUUGAAGAAUAUGAGUAGUUUAUAGUCUCUGAUUGA